GCAUGCCGUAGAAUGACAGAUGCCCAGUACCCAGGUCCAGGUGGCUGCAGCAGUAUUGCCAGGACGGUGCCGACCCCAUAUCAAAAAAAUAAUCAAGACGCUACAUCAGUAACCACGCCAAUUCACAGGGAGGCCACAAGUUUUAUCAGCAACGUAGCAGUCGAGUUUAGUACACUGCAAUAGUGUCAGCUUCUUAGGCAUCAGCAAGUUAAUUUGUCCGCAAAAUGCAUGCCUUGAUCAAUCUUGUGGUGGCGUCCAUUGCAGUAGCGCUUCUCCUGGAUGCUGUCUCAGCUGCUGGCAAAUGCGACGGCGAGCCCGGGCAGAAACACGACGGCUUUGCCACCGUCGGUGCCAACCACACCGUCGGCGACAGUGCCGGGUGGUUCUUCGACGGCAAAGCGAAUGCCUCGGCGGCCAACUACUCUGUCUGGGCAGCCAACCGCACCUUCUACCUGGGCGACUACCUCACCUUCAAGACCCGCACUGACAACACGGUCGUGCACACGACCAACGCGACGGUAUACAAGCUCUGCGGGUACGACGGCGACGGCGUUGGUGGCGGGUGGAAGCCAGAGGAGGCGUUCCUGACAGUGAUGCUAGCGGCAGAGGGUGUCAACUACUUCUUCUCGGACGCCGGCGAAGGGGAGCACUGCCGGAGGGGGAUGCGGUUCGACAUCACCGUUGCGCACGGCCGUGGCCUCCCGCAGGUACCGCCGUCGUACUACGAGCCGCUGUCCCGCGCGACGGCAGGGAGGUGCCUCGGCGCGGUGGUGCCCGUGUGGGUUUUCGUAGCUGUCCUGCUGAUGCUGUGAAUGGCUUAGGAGGCUGCAACUUUUGUAACAAUCUUGAUGUGUCUCCUUUGUAUACUAAUAAUCAUGUUUCCAAAGUGUGAAACCCUCGAUUAAGCCU